AUGGCUUCGAAAAGAAAACGUGUUGUGCUAUCGUUAGCGGACAAACUGAAAAUUAUAGAGCAACUCGAUAAAGGUGUAACGGGUAAGAAGUUGUCUGAGAUUUAUGGUGUUGGACAAGCAACAAUUUCUGACAUUAAAAACAGCCUACCGUCUGAGAAAAACAAAAAAAAAGAAUCUGAAGAAAAUGAGAAACAAGAAUAUGGAGAGGAUGAUGAUGAUGAAGAUGCGUUGUCACUAGAGGAAAUAAGAAAAAUGAUUGUAAAAAUUCCUGGUUGUACAGAAAUUAAUCUCAAAUACAGUAAAUCUUACCAAAGGAGGAACAACAGACUUGUUGCAGUUAACUCCACCAAUAAUGGCAUUAUCUUAUUAAGGAACGGCGUGCGUCGGCGUCCCGACGCCUGGAAGGCGUCCGUCAAGCGCCAAUGGAAACAAACGCAGGGUGGAGUCUCUCUUAAUUUCAACAUUUACAUACAAUUCGGAAGGCACAGUUUGAUUUUAACUGCGUUAACGAAAAGCCCGCAAAUGGCAGGGCCGUACUUACCCUCGUUACCAGGGGAUCUUCUCACAGAGUAUAUGUUCGGAAGGAGACGGCAACGAAGGAACAGAACGACGUUUAGUCCGCAGCAACUGCAGGAGUUGGAAGCACUGUUUCAGAAGACACACUAUCCGGACGUGUUUUUGAGGGAAGAAGUUGCGUUGAGGAUCAGUUUGUCCGAAGCUAGAGUUCAGGUUUGGUUUCAAAACAGAAGGGCAAAAUGGAGGAAACAAGCAAGGUUACAACUUCUUCAAGAUGCGUGGAGAAUGCGCUGCUUAGGAAUUACAUCACCGCAAUUAAUAUUAACAGGCAGACCUCCAGCCCCUCCUCUCUCGGCAAAUCCGCAUGACAUGCCAGGCACACCACCAGAAUACCCACCAAGUAUGAAUCCGAACAUACCACUAUCAUGUAACUGCUCUCCUGGAGCAGAGAAUAGAAGUCCUCAAAGUUUUAGGAGUUCGCCAAGUCCUUCACAGCUAUCUCCUGGAGGACCAGACGAUCUGUCGUUAGCCAAAAAGACAUCUAUCGAUGAUAGUUUGGAAAUGAAUAAAUGCUUGACUUCAAAUGAAAACCAUCGAGAUCCAGGAACGGUGCAGUAGAAUAUAUUAAAAUUAUUUUUGUAUUAUAGUAAUGUUAUAGUUAUAACUUAUAACAUAUCUAGUUUAUAUCAAAUUCAAAUAAUUUUUAGUAGUUGCUUUUGUUUGGGUUCAGAAAUAUUAAACAGAUAAUAAAAUCAAUGAAGUUGAAGGGCAAAAUCUUAUACAGUAUUUGUCAAGGUAUUUAUAUCAUAUUUCUUUUGAUUCCAUGCUAGAUUGAAUUUGAUAUAAACUAUUAUAAACGAGUAAAUUAUUUAUUAAUAUGUACAUUAUUAAUUUAUGUGGAUGAUAAAUACAUACAGCAAGUUAUUUAUUAGUGCAUGGGUCAGUCCACUCAUUUUCUUUUGCACUACAAAUCUUCUAUUUCUAAUUCAAUUAAAAUGAAUUCAAAUAUCUAAAAACUAUUUUAUCCGGUUGCAGGAACCAUUCUUAAAUCUCUCAAAAGCUAAUAAUUCCAUAACGGUUUUGAAUUGUAUGCCAUUCACACCGAUCACAUAUUAAAGCUCCUUCAAAGUCGAUGGAGACCACAAAUUUUAAUGAACGUUGUUGCAACUGGUGAUUUUUUAAAUUGUUAUAAAUUUUACAAUUUUGAUAUUAUUAUGAUCAUGUACAGUAAAUAUAUAAUUAUGUAAAAUGAAUAGAUG